UGUGUUUUGUUUUGUAAAUAAUAAAUUUAUUAUUUUGUAUUUAAAUGUGAAAGUUGGGUUAUGGUUCGAUGAAUAACAUUCAGUUUUGAAUUGCUCCUCUCGAUUGUCGUCGGUUGGGCAAACAAUUUUUAAAAAUAAUUUUAUUUGUGAAUCGAAGUACCUAAAUUAUUAGGAUACUUCCAGCUGGUUGAUCAGGGAAAUGACCAGUUGGGCUGCAAGAAUGCAUAGGCGAGCGGCCACAUUUAGUAAUGUUGUUACAAGUUGUGGACAUCCUUCAGGACCAUAUCCAAGACGUUUGGAGAAAGUGAAAUUUGGUGUACCGUUAGAAGAAGUUUGUAAAAAUGAUAUUCCGGGGCCACUUUUGGUAUUGAUAUUAAAAUUAAACAAAGAGGCACCCGUAAGGAAAGAUGUGUUUCGUGCGCCUGGACAUCAAGGUGCUAUGAAGAAAUUAAUACAUUUUCUUCAAACCGGACGUCUUGUAAAUAUGGACAAUUUUAGUGUGUACACAAUAGCAAGUGUUUUAAAAAAGUUUUUAAGAAAAAUACCAGGUGGUGUGUUUGGUCAUGAAGUGGAAAUGCAAUUAUUUCAAACUGUUGAAAUGACGGAUAUUGUGGAACAACGUAAAGAAAUUAACAGAUUGCUAACAUCUUUACCAUUGUAUACUCAACGAUUAUUGGUGCUUUUAUUUGGUACUUUUCGUGUGAUUGCUUCGAAUAGUGAACGAUGUUCAACUGGUAUGUCAAGUGAAGCUCUUGGCGUUAGUGUGGCACCAUCAUUUUUUCAAUCAUGUGUGAGUGAUGGCAAAACUGCACGAAUGGAAGAUGUUUUGCGAUUUAAGGUUGCAACUCGAAUAAUGAAACAUUUGAUUGAUGAAUUUUCGGCAGCAGAUUUAUUUGGCCGUCACAAUUAUGAAUGGUAUGCUAGGGUCACAGGUCGUGUUCUACGUGUACAGGGUCAAUGGAUAUGCUCUUUUAAUAUGCCUCCAGAACUACCACAUGAAUUAUUUUAUUCAAAACAUUUGGCUCUUGAAACGGAAAAAACUUGGUUGCAAUGCCAAUGUGAACGAUGGACUAUGGGUUAUAAUUUAGAAGCGUUAUCACAACCAGAUGAAUGCCAAUCCAUGCCAACAUUAAUGCAAACAGGUCCAUCACAACAAACAUCCAGUUCCACAUCACUGGGUAUCAUCCCCGAACAUACAUUACUCGAAUCAUGUACACGUUUAUCUGUUUCCCUGGAGGAGAAUGGAUUAUUCAAGGCUGGCCAAUCAUCAAGGUCAUCCAGUCAAUCAUCACGUAAUAGUCAUUCUGGUCCUAGAAUGACAUUAGAUGAGUUAAGAGCGGUGAAUCGUUAUGCUGAAAGCACAAAAAGUUUAACUUAUCUCCCUCAGGUACAUGAACGUCAGACCAAACGCAUGUUGACUCGUUCUGAAUGGUUUCUUACGCCAGUUGCUGUUGAAUGUGCUGGGUGUGGUGGUUCUUUGGAGCUCGCUCAUGAAACUCUAACCGGAUCUGAUGGUUCUCCACUAUCAGCAACAUCUAAUCUUCUGAAACGAUCGUCUUCUGGCAACAUAGUGGCUGGAGUUGUUUUAUCGGCAAGUGCCGAAUCUGUUCAAAAACGACCAAGUGUACGUCGUACAAAUAGUCGAGACAAACGACAUUAUUUACAUCGCUCAAGUAGUCGCCGUAACAAAGAAAAUGGCUCGCGUUCAAGUAGUUUUAAAACAAAAACAGAAGCAUUAUCAAGAUCGAAUAGUCAUAAAGCGGAUGGUUUAUCACGCUCAAAUAGCAAUAAAGGUAGGUGCCUGUGUCGAUCAAAUAGUAAAAAAACCGCUACCACGCCAGAUAGUAGCAACUCUGUUCCAAUGGAUGUAGAAGGAAAAAAUUUGAAUGAUCGUGAUUUACAAAUGGAACUACAAACAAUACAUGUCACAUUGACAUACAAGCCGCGAAUUUAA